AUGUUCUCGAAGACCCUGGAAUUUGACUACCAGAUUUACACAGCUGACCUCCUGGCAGACAAAGCCAUAAUACCAAGUCCGCCACAUUGGCCACGGGAGUAUGACAGUCAAGCCCACCGCACCCUUCACAGCCGAUUCCCUACAGCACCCCCUAGAGAGAGCAAUAAUGUCAUUAUGCAGUAUCUCUCUAGGGACAAGGUGAAUGUUCGAGACAUAAUAAGCACAGUCUCACAAGACAGGAUACCGAGGGACUGGAAGGUCACGGUCGGAGUUGCAAAGGAGCGUGAGAUGAAGAAACGGAAGGCAAGAUUCUUUGGGAAGCUGGUGCUAGAGAUGCGACUAUUCCAGGUUGCUACUGAGAACAACAUAAAACACGUAUUCAAAUUUAUACCACACCAGACUAUGACCAAAACCGAGGAUGACCUAUUUAAGCACCUACUGAAGAUAUCCGAGAUGUCGUCGACAGAGGACCGCAGUGCUGUCUUUAUGUCAAUGGACUUCUCAAGCUGGUGCACCAGAUUUCGUUAUGAGGGAGUAACCCCCUUAUUUGAGGAAUUAGAUAGGUUGUUGGGAGUUAAUAAUGUCAUGGCUUAUACCCAGAAAUUCCCUCUGGAAUCAUCUUCCUAUUUCAAGACCGGUUCUGCCUACCUCGUUAGGGGGACGAUGGCCUGCCGAGCAGCAGUCCCAGAUGAUUCUAUGGGCCAGAGGCCUGGAUGGAAGGGUUGA